UUUUUGAUCUGGAAGCUUUGGAUUUUAGCUAUGACAUUCCUGGAAAUUUUCAGGAGAGUUUGGAAGGUUUCCUAGGAGCUAGUACUGUUUCUUUCUGUAAGUAACUAGUGGAUUCCUUUUGUUUCUAUUUUGCCUUCUGUUUCCAAUCAGUUUGGGCAAUUUACAUUUCUGAUUUCAUGACAUUUGGUAUCCAUGAUGGGUUUUUUUUUCAUUGUUUUCAGAGAGAUUCUUAAAUUGUCUCUUCUUGUUCAGUUUUUCAGGUUAAUUGUUUUUGAUAGUAUGUAUCUUAUUUUUUACAUUUUAAACUUUUGUUUCAAUAUAGAAUGUCCCCAAAGUCUUAAUGUAGUUUAUGACUUUUAUACAUUAAACUACACCAAAUUUGAAAUACCUUUCAUUUUUAAUUAUCUAAUGGAAUCAUUGAGUUUUUUAUGGUUCAUCCUAAUAUUCAGAGAAUUCAUUACUUGCAUGUUUUCAACCAUUUAAAGUUAUUUAUCUUUGAUCCCUCCCCACCCCAUCCCAUAGCAUUUCCCCCCAUUUCUUUUCCUUAGGUAUUCUUGUAGUUCUUGUUGCAUAGCCAUUUUUUUCCCCUUUGAGGCCCUGCUUAUAGUUCUUCUGGAGUCCAUAUAUCUUUAUAUAAUUUGGUGUCUUCUAUUAUUCUCUUUUGUCUUUGAUCUCCACCCUCAGUUCCCAUUUUAAGAUUUGUUUCAGGGCCAGGCUCAGGCCCCUUCCUCAUUCUUGGAGGUGGUUGGAUCCUUUUUGGUCUUGAAUUUGAUUUCUUUAGUUCUUGCCAUAAGUUUCUACUUUCACUUGAGUGCUCAGAAUUCUAGCUGGCUCCAGAUUCCUUGUCAAGAUCUAUGUGGUUGACUGGAUGUUCCCAGUCAUAAUGCUACUCAACACUACCAUCCUUUUCCUUCCUCUAGUAUUUCCCAGUUACCAUUGUCUGUUAUUCUGACUCUAGUUUCUGGUCUGGAUGCUACCUCUUCUAUGUCCCCUCGGGCCCUUUCCUGUUGUUGAGGUGGAAUCUAGAAACUCCCAAACUUGUAAACUAGUAAGAUCUGAUGAAUCCCAAGUUUAACCAGCUUUAAAGCUGGUUAACCAGACCUUAAAGCUGGUCCUUGUUCCCUGGAGAAUCCACCCAGAAGGUAAUCUCAGACUAGUAGUUUCAGACUGAACAAGAGACCUUAAGAUAUUUUAAUGGGCUUAGCUAGAUAGAGUUAACAGAUUUCAAUCAAAUGCUAAAAUAUCCUUUUAUCCCAGUAACUUAUCCCAUUGCAUCAGGUAUCCUUUCCCCAGAUGACCCACACCAGGGCAGGGACCAUUCUUUUAGUAUCCAUUGUAAGGUAGGCACCCUAGCAUUUGCCUAUGGUUUCUUUCCCAAGCUUGAUGGUAUCCUCUUUGUGUAGUUUGAGCACUCCCAUUUCCUUGUAGCCAUGGCAAUAUCAAAUCAGUCAUAUUUCCCAAUCCUUUGUUUGUUCCCCAAAUUCUUUGUCCUUUGGAGUUGUCAUCUAGCUGUGGCACUCCCAGGGGUCAGUGACCAGAACAACCAGAGUUUUGGGACUCUGCGUGGAGGUCUUGAGAAAAGCACUGAACCCCCUUUCCUUCAUUAAAGAAUGGGUUUUCUGACUAUUUAAUAGGUGUUUUUUUCCAGUUUAAUUGUUCAUGUCUUCUCCAAAAGUCCUUUUGCCUUUUUUUGCAUCCCCUGCAUUUAGCAGAGCUUGGUGCACAUUGUAUGUACUUAAUAAAUGUUUAAUUAAUUCGUCAGUGACCUCUAACUGUCCCUAUUUUGGCUGCUGAAAGUGGAGGCAGCUCCAGCACUUGGGGCCCAGACAGCAGUCCCCUCAUGGCUGGUGACUCUUGACGUUUAGCUUCCCAAUUUCUAGACCUGGCAUUGCAAAAAUGUAAACUGGAGUCCCUUUCACUCUCUCUUUCUGGACUUCAAUUGGAAAUCUGCUUGGUGCCUGAUCCGUUCUCCUUCUAAACACUUUCGGAGUACACUUUCGCUCCCCAAAUUAGACACAGAAAACAAAAUAUCCGAGUUCUGGGGAUCCAGUCCUGCCCCACCCGGACAGAGACUAAAAGGUAAUAAUCUUCUCUCCCAAGAGGGUAAGGAACAUCCCUGAACUACAUUUCCCAGAAGUCCCCACAGCGAGUCCUGGAAGACACACCUCUAACCUGGAGAUGUAUGAUCGAAAGCCUGCCAGCUACACUUAAAGAUUUCCUCACAACCCUGCAAGUUAAGUGACAUUUCUUAAUUUCCCGGAGGAAGAAUUAGAGGCUUCAAAAUGUUAACGGAUUGCACAAAUAAUCAAAUGUCACUUAACAAGAAUUUCAACCUGGGUCUCAUUAGGCAUUACUCUUCCUACUACAUCCGUCAUGCUGAGAGAACCAAGCCUGGGCACCAAAGCCUGUUUUCAUUCCCAUUUCUCAGGAACCCGAGGUCUGUGGAGGAGGCCGAGCAGUGAUGAAAUUCUGAUGAGUCGUUUCAUCCGCCUAAGGAGCGAUGCUUCCCAGGUAGGUUCCCGGGAGGACGCAAGAAUGCAGUGUGAAGCCAGGACAUGGGCGCCUCCUGCUGCCACCAAUCGUUUUUUGUGCUAAGCUCUCGCCAAUCUGACGCUCCGCUAAUAGGCUCCUGUCACAACUUCCGGGCUUCGAAGGUCCUCAUUCCGGAAGGGGACCUCGAGAUCGGGAGGUGGUUAAGGCUAACGCCUGAGGAUCGCGUGACCCUGGGUCAAGGUAGUCGCCAUCCCUUGAACCUAUUUAUAGAGAAGGAAGAAGGAGAAAGACGCUGACAGCUGAUCUGGGCCUAAACCGAGGGAAGGUGUAGCGGAGGAGCCUCAGGAAGGGGUCUCGGCUCCUUGGGAAUCAGGCACGAGCCGAGGCAGCUGCAUUUGCGGAAGUCUGAGGCUGGGUCGGAGGACCGUCGAGGAAGCGGCGGCUACUGGGUUGAGGUGGGGGCAGUCUCUGUCGCCGCUGCUACUGGCUCUUGUCGUCCUUAUCUCGCUUCGUCUGGAGCGGACCUGGUAGCAGCAAGAUGCCCUUAUUCACGCCUAAUCCUUUUGAGCAGGAUGUUGAAAAGGCUACAAAUGAAUACAAUACCAGUGAAGACUGGGGACUUAUUAUGGAUAUAUGUGACAAAGUUGGAAGUACUCCAAAUGGAGCAAAAGAUUGUCUGAAAGCCAUAAUGAAAAGAGUAAAUCAUAAGGUCCCUCAUGUUGCUUUGCAAGCACUGACUCUUCUUGGAGCCUGUGUAUCAAAUUGUGGAAAGAUAUUUCAUUUAGAAGUAUGUUCUCGUGAUUUUGCAACUGAAGUACGUGGUGUGAUAAAAAACAAGGCCCAUCCAAAAGUAUGUGAAAAGCUGAAAUCUCUAAUGGUGGAGUGGUCAGAAGAAUUUCAGAAAGACCCACAGUUUAGCCUCAUAUCUGCAACUAUUAAAUCCAUGAAAGAAGAAGGAAUUACUUUUCCUUCAGCAGGAUCACAGACACUUUCAAAUGCUGCCAAGAAUGGUACAUCAUCCAACAAAAAUAAAGAAGAUGAAGAUAUAGCCAAAGCUAUUGAAUUAUCUUUGCAAGAGCAGAAGCAACAGCACACAGAAACAAAAUCCUUAUAUCCAUCUGCAGAAAUUCAGUUGAAUAAUCAUAAAGUUUCCAAAAAAGUCAGAGCCUUAUAUGAUUUUGAAGCAGUUGAAGACAAUGAACUCACCUUUAAAAGUGGUGAAAUUAUUAUUGUUUUGGAUGACAGCGAUGCCAAUUGGUGGAAAGGAGAAAAUCAUAGGGGAGUAGGACUAUUUCCAUCAAAUUUUGUAUCACCUAAUUUAAACAUAGAAUCUGAGAUAGCAGCUGUGGACAGAACAAAUGUAAUUGAUGAUACUGCAGAAGAAAUUAGAAAAUCGGAACCUGAACCAGUUCAUAUAGAUGAGGAUAAGAUGGAUAAAGCACUGCAGCUACUUCAGAGUAAAGAUCCUACAGAUUCAAAACCAGAUUCCCAAGACUUGCUGGACUUAGAAGAUGUCUGUCAACAGAUGGGCCCUAUGAUAGAUGAAAAACUUGAAGAGAUUGAUAGGAAACAUUCAGAAUUAUCUGAAUUAAAUGUAAAAGUUCUAGAAGCUUUGGAACUAUACAAUAAGUUGGUGAAUGAAACACCUGUGUAUUCAGUGUACUCAAAGCUUCAUCCUCCAACACAUUAUCCACCUACAUCAGCUGGGGUUCCAGUACAAGCAUAUCCUGGCCAACAUCAUGGUGGAAACUACAUGGUUCGGGGCAUUCAUCAAGUCACCAUACCCCAAGGAUAUAAUCUGGGGCCAGAUCACAUUGGCCCCUUGAGAUCUCUGCCUCCAAAUAUAAAUUCUUCAGUAACAACACAGCCUGCUCAUACUCCAUAUUUAAGCACUGGAGUAGAUACAGUUUCCAAUCCCACAUAUAUGAACCAGAACUCUACCCUUCAAUCAGCUACUCUUCCAGCAUCUUACACACAGCAAAUGGGAAUGUCUAUGGAUAUGUCAUCUUAUCAGAACACUGCAUCCAGUUUGCCUCAAGUAGCAGGCUUCCCUGUGACAGUUCCAGCUCAUUCAGUUGCACAACAGCAAGCAAAUUAUCAUCAGCAACCUCUUCUUUAAAAAAGAAAAAGAGAUCAGACAUAGUCUUCAAAACAUUCAUUAGUAUAUUGCUCAGCCCUUGUGAUUUGAGUCAUCUUAGAAUGAUAUAAGAAUACAACCAUUUUUCUCUCAACUCAGAAGGAUCAUGAGUAAAGCACAAAAAAAAAAACCUUGCUUACUCCCCUAGACCAUGAAGCAAUUUUUGAAGUAACUAGUUAUGUUAGACUAUUGUUUUCAGAGGUGACUUAUAAGUUAGUUUACUCUGACUUAAAGAGUUCCAUAUAGAACUUUUGGACAAGUACUAAGUUGUCUUUUGAAUAUUAUCCAACCUUUUUUUGUUUUUUAAAGCAUUGUCAGUUUUUGACAUGCUUUUAAAAAUACUUUUCAAAAUGUAUUUGGGAGGGCACUUUCAUCUAUUUAAACAUUUUGUCUGCAUAUUGUGUUUUAGCAUUUUCCACAUUUUUGUUUCAAAGUUUAAACAUCUUUUCAUUUAAAACCUCUCUACCUUACUAAUAGAUUCUUUUUUGGUUAGCUAAAUUGCAGUUUUGUUUGUGUUACUGACAAUUGGCUUUAACUCUACUACAAGCAUUAUUAUCUAUUGAAGCAGACAUGAAUUGGGAGGUGAAAAUUAUUUCCAGUAUGAAGAAUAGAAAAAUGUGGAAGCAACAUUUAGCUAGUUCUAAAAAAAGUCCUUCCAAGAGUAGGUUAAAGAGUGCCCCAUAAUCUUGUUUCUCCUUGUUAGGGAAAAGAAGCAUUUCAUUUUCUUCUGGGGUCCAUCAAGCGGAGAAUUUUUAUUAAUGACUCUUUUGCCCAAUAGGCCAUUCCCUAGUGAAGACCUGGUCUAAUUUUAUUCCCUCUCUGACAUAUGGAUUUCUCUUGCAUGUUAAGUGUCCAUGAGUCCUUAAAAAGGAGCUUGACAUGGAUUAGAAACUUCUUAAGGGGAGAAAAAUCAGGCUCAUUAUUAACUGUCUUAGGGUCAAGGGACCCUGAUCAUUUGAUGUAUUGUGUGUAGGCCUGGCAUGUGCCCUCUGUUUAAUGUGUUUAACCUUUCAAAAUGUGGUUUGAGUAUCAUUGAUGUGUCACCUCAUUUAAAAUACUGGACAUUAACUUUUAACUCAUCAUUCUGAACAUCUGGAGUGAUAGCAUGCAAUGGAUCGACAAAUAAUCUACCAAGACAGUUUUCUGGAAACCUAAAUUUUAGGUGGUUUUAUAGUGUUCAUAGUUCUUAUAGACUGUAGGAGUUGGGUAAUAUAUUUCAAGAAUGUGGGGUUUGUUGUCCCUUCUAAAAAUUUGCACACUACUUCCUCAUUUACCAGCUUCUUCACAUGACUCAAAAUUGAAAAUACUCAUAAAUAUGAUUAUGAAUAACUGAUGUUUACACUGGGGAAAAAUAAUGGUCAUAACUUUAGUAAUAAAAAUAGUUAUUUGCAUGGAAGCAAGAUUUCUACAUGUGAUUUUUACAUACAUAAUCCUUUCUACCAAAAAUUACUUGGAGGAAGAGGUAGUAAUUCACCAAAUUUUUUGUUGUUUAUCUAAUUAAAGGAAUUAUUUAGUAAUGUGCUCCUUUUUCAAAGUGACUAUAUCCUGGAACAAAAGGGAUCAAUACUGGGUUACGUUCAAAAGGAAAAAAAAAAAGCAAACUAGUAUUUGAAAGCCUACUCCAAAUCAUUGUCUUAUUUCAGGUACACAUAACUGGAAAGAAAUGUUUAGUUUGCUGCCCCAUAUUCUGAUUUUUAUUCCAUAUUUUCUGUCCAUGUGAAGUUAAAUAUAUGUGUGUGAACAUACACACAUGUAUCCUAAAAUGGCACCUUAAUUUUUUUGUUAACAUUUUUUCUGUUUAAACAAAUAAACAGUUUAUUUGAAAAGCUGCUGUUCUUAAUAGUUACUAUUUGAAAACGUGGAAGAACUUAUACUUUUCCAAACUAUAUUUAAUAGAAGUUAUUUUAAUGUUUGUAUGUAAGUUCUCCAUGUAUGAUUGUGAUUUGGAAUAUCUGAAUAAAGCUUAAUUGAAUAUAGUCUUUGAGCCAGUAUAAAUCACUCUAUCCAUUAAAUUUGGAUCAUUCAAGUAAGAGUUAAACUAAUGCAAUUUUGGACUAAUUUAGUUCUUUAUAACAUGUGAAAUGUAUAUAAAUAUUGUAUAUGGGCAUAUGUCUGUGGGAUUUUAUAUAUGUGCAGAUGUAUUUACUUCCUCUUAAAUUAAAAAUAACAAUUUUAUAUUGGGCAUAUACCAUUUUUCUUUCUUAUAAUGUGCAUUGUGUAAUCAAGUUAUCCAGAUUGUAGAUAGUGUAAAGUUAUUAGUGUAAAAAAAGUUAAAUCUAUGUCUUUACAUGAUUUUUUUGGUGUUUAUAGGAGUUAGAGGGAUUUUUUCCCCUUCAUAAUCUUAUGUAUUGUAUUUAUUUUAAGUCUCGUUCAUAAUUAAAUGUUUGCUGCCAAAGGAAUUGUCUAAUAAGAUUUCUACAUUAAGUACAUACCUACUGUUUUAUAUCAGGAGUAAAUAAAUCGCUUCUGCUUUUUCAUAUGCAACCUUGUUACUUUAGAAAGAAUUCUUGAAACUUUAUAAUAAAAUUAAUUUUAUUAUUAAUGUAUAUAAUUUAUUGCUGGAUAUUAAAAUAAUUAAAA